GGUUUGGUCAAAUCUGGUGUGGAGAACCUUCUUCCAUCUAGGAACUACCUCCUUUCUGAUCUAGCUGAGACGUUUAGAUCAUAUGGUUUUUUUCCUCUUUACAUAGAUAUAUAUUGAGUUAAGAUACAAAUGAAAGGGUGUACGGGAGUUCAAGUAAAGAAACCAUAACCCCAUUUCCAAAUUUUUAAGUUUUCCCUGUGAGUUUCAGGAAUCUUCAAGCAACCCAUUUUAGGGAACUUUUUGAUUUGUCAGCUUCUUUUUUCUUCAUAUCAAAUUUCGGAAGGGUCAUCCUUGCUCUAGGAAUCUCAAGUUUUCCUGGUGUUGCAGUUGAUGGAAUAUUCAUGACCAAACUGAGUUGACCAGGGUCAUUUUUUAUUUUUUUUGUGAGCUAUGGUGGAAGAAGAGGAUACAGAAGCCUGCAGCAAGAAGGCUUUGGAGGAUGAUUAUGAACCCAAAGGACUGUGUUACUGUUUUUGGGGUCCAAUGUAUUGGUUUAAGAUGCUGGCGGUGGAAAUGCAUUGGAGUUUCGUAUUUGGAGUCGUAUCUGUUUAUGGGAUAAACCAGGGAUUUGGUGGGGCGCUUGCUCGCAUCGGCACAGAGUAUUACAUGAAGGAUGUUCAAAAGGUGCAGCCCUCUGAGGCUCAGGUUUACGCAGGGAUUACUUCCAUUCCUUGGAUGAUCAAGCCUAUCUGGGGCCUUCUCACUGAUGUUCUUCCAAUAAUGGGUUAUCGAAGACGACCUUACUUCAUUUUAUCAGGUUUGCUUGGUGUGGUUUCAAUGCUUUUAAUAUCAUUGCUCAGCAAGCUGCAUCUGGUUUUUGCCCUCUUGGCAUUAACAGCAGGAAAUACUGCGGUAGCUGUAGCAGAUGUGACUGUUGAUGCUUGUGUGGCACAGAACAGCAUUACUCAUCCUUCUCGUGCAGCUGACAUGCAAAGCUUGUGUGCUUCGAGCUACUCCGUUGGAGGACUGCUGGGAUUUUCUAUUAGUGGUGUAUUUGUACACCUAAUUGGCCCUAAGGGGGUGUUCGGAUUGCUGACUGUCCCCGCUGCACUUGUAUCUUUAGUUGGGAUUCUGCUUUCGGAGCCCCAAGUGUCUAACUUUGCCUACAGUGAGGUAAACCAGAAAUUCCUUGAUGCUGCCAAAGCUAUGUGGACAACAUUGAAAUGCCCUGAUGUUUGGAGGCCGUGUUUAUAUAUGUACUUAUCCUCUGCAGUGAGCUUGAAUAUAAAUGAGGGAUUGUUUUAUUGGUACACAGACUCGAAGGACGGCCCCUCUUUCUCUAAGGAGACUGUAGGUUACAUUUUCUCAAUGGGUGCAAUUGGUGCCCUCUUGGGGGCAAUACUCUACCAAAACCUGUUGAAGGAUCAUCAUUUGCGAGACAUGCUCUUCUGGACUCAGUUGCUGUUUGGUUUAGGAGGGAUGCUGGAUUUGAUGUUGGUGCAGCGGAUGAACUUGAAAUUCGGCAUACCAGAUUAUAUAUUUGUUGUGAUCGGUGAAGCUGUUUCUCAAAUGAUUUCACGACUCAAAUGGAUGCCCCUCCUCGUACUCAGUUCCAAGCUUUGCCCUGUAGGUAUCGAGGGCACUUUCUUUGCUUUGCUCAUGUCGAUCGAUAACAUUGGAGGUCUUACAUCUACAUGGGGAGGAGGCUUGCUGCUUCACCUGUUGAAUGUUACUCGGACAAAAUUUGAUUAUCUCUGGCUGGCCAUAUUGAUCCGAAACGUAUUGAGAGUUUCUCCACUUUGUCUGCUGUUUCUAGUACCCAGAGGUGAUCCCAACUCAUUCGUACUUCCGACCGAACUGCUCAGCAGCAAAGAAGAGACUGAAACUCAAGAACCCGACAACAUGGAAUUGGUGUCUCUGGUUAACAGCGUCGAUGGAAGAUAGCCUAUUCAUACAAAAACCAUUCAAACCCAAACUUGAAAUGACAUAGUUGAGCUUGAUGCACGCGAGAAAUCCCAUCAGGUAUAGCAGGUUAAGAUUUGCCGCUUUCCAAGGUUUUUUCAUCAAAUCCAACGUGCCAACUGCGUCCUUGUAACAA